GGUGAUCCAUAUACCUGUCCGAGGAGCUGCAGGAGAUGCCUAUAUGAACCGAAGCUCGAUGAGAAAAGCUAGCACUUGAUUCCUGAUUUCGAACUACGGAAGCGGUCCAUGGGCGUUCUUUCCUUCUACGAAUUUCCGCAUAGUUGAAGCAUGCCUGCUUGGUCCCCAGUCAGCAGAUCUAUUCUGGGGCAAAUUCGAUCCUCGUGUUGAGGUGCUGGUGUAGACACAGAGUUGGAAGCUUGCCUCGUUUUUUGAGUUCUACACUUCGUAAUGGCGAGAUCCCACGUUCUAGUGAUAUGUGUCGUCCUUCUGCAACUGGCGAUGGUGUCCUAUGCUGCAGCGGCCGAAACCAAGACAUUCACCAUCAUGAACCAUUUACCGAAGGAAGACUUCAUCAACAUACGCUGCGAUUGCCAGGAUUACAAUGACAUUGUCACCGUGCUCAGCGACACUAUCGGUGAGUGUGUAGACAAGGAGUUCCAAGCCAGCAUCUGCCCCAACGGUGACGCGGCUAAGGGCUUCUUCUGCAAGUUCCUGUACUACAGAAGAUCAGGCACGACUAUCAAACACCAAUACACAAACAUCAAGGUCUGGGCAAGCACAGGGCCAUUGAAGACUUACUUCAAGGUCGACUCGGAAGGUGUCUAUGGCUCGAACCAGUCUGACAAUGUCGGCGCGAACAAGAUCAGUGGCUGGGCCGACAAGUCGAUGGUCGUCAAGGCUGAUUCUCUUGGAAAUGGGCAGUCUUUCUGAUAAACUCAGACACUGCUUCCAAUUCCCAGCGAAGAAGGUUCUAGGCCUAGUCCAGUGUGCCUAAGUAUUUUUUUCUGAUACACCUGCACUCAGCAUCUAUAAGAGAUUCAUGUCUGGCGAUGGCAACACAGCUCGCAGUCUCUCGACUGGCUUCCAGUAAACGCUUCAGUUUGGGCAUUACGUCAAACUGCAUCGAAGCUUAUGCGAAUGUUUUGCCUUUGGAUCGCAAUUAGCUGUCAUGAUUCAUGAUCAUGCCUGAGGCGAUUUUGAAGUAGGCCAGUCUUCCAUGUCAUAUUCAUCUUCAAAAUGCACUCGUACGCAUUAAAACAUGUAUGGUAUCCGAUAUCG